AUGAAGAGCACCUUUGUGGGUGCGCUAAAGUGUUGUCUCAAACAAGAAGCCAAAGUCACGGGGACGGAUGGUGACAAAGGGGAACGGGAUAUACCGCGCACAUACUGCAGAGGGGAACACAUCAGGUCUAAUAUAAACCCUAUUUUUGCUACCUCAGACAACUGGGACAGUCAAGAUUGUUGGUAUAGGAUACGGUCUGGGCAACGUAGACAUGCUCCGGCCCUUAUCGACAUCGCCAGCAUGGGUAGCGGUCGUGGAUUGCACAAUGAGCAGUUGGGGGGGAUAAUUGAAACAAUCCUGUACGAGGUUGCUUCAAGAAUAGCAAGAGGAAUAGAGACAUCGGGGUACGAAGUUGCCAUUCAGCAAGAGCUGAUGGUGACCUUGUCUUACAAACUAAUCAUAGAUGGUGUCCGGGAGAUAUCAUUACCCGAAGGCAUCAACUACUAUCUAGUGCGUUUGGGUGUCAUCACGGACAAGAUGGAGAUAGAAAACACGAGGAGGCCGUACAGAACAAAGAUGUCGAGCAUGCAAGCUGCCUCUGGGGGUAGUACAGGACGAAUCUGCGAAGGCGAGAGCUUCACAGCGGAUGGUUCAACCGCAAAUUACCGCAUCAUUGGAGCAAGGAGGGAGUGA